CUUUACUCAUCGUGAACGGUUGAGUGAAUAAAUCAUGAAAAUUUUAAUCUACUUUUCGAUCUUCGUGCUAAGUCUAUAUUUUUGGUAUAGAAAAACUUUCGGUCAUCGAAACAAAUUAUUAUCAAAGUUCCCAGCUCCAAAGUCCUAUCCAAUUUUGAAUCAUUCAGUUCAUAUUUUUGGGAAAACACCUGGAGACAUUUUUCAAAUCUUUCAUGAGUUCAGCAUGAAGUAUGGUCCGAUCUGGAGAUUCGAAAUGAAUCCAUUUGUUUCAUUUAUUUACGUUCGAGAUCCAAAAAUUGUUGAGGAAAUUUUAUCAAGUCAGAAACUUAUUGACAAAGCUAAUGAAUAUGAUAUGUUGAAUGGUUGGCUAGGGACAGGUCUAAUUGUAUCAAGUGGAAAGAAGUGGCAUCAAAGAAGAAAAGUUAUCACUCCUGCUUUCCAUUUUAGGAUCUUAGAACAGUUUGUUGAUGUUAUGGAAAAGCAUGGAAAAACUUUUGUUGGGAAAUUAAAGGACUUUGAUGGACGUAGAAUUGACAUAUUCUCAAUAAUCUCACUAUAUACGUUGGAUGUCAUUUGCGAAUCUGCGAUGGGAUAUGAACUUAAUGCUCAAUUGGAUGAUUCUUCUGAAUAUGUUAAGGCUGUGAAAGAAAUAACUGCUUUAUACUUUAAAAGAAUUUAUGAUAUUAAGAAUCGGAUUGAAUUUAUUUACAAACUUACAAGCUUGUAUCAACGAGAAAAGAUAGUCACCAAGAAACUACAUGAUUUUACAAUGGAUGUGAUUAAUGCGAGAAGGCAUUACUGGAAUAAUCUAGGGAUUGAUAAGAAAUCGUCAGGUUCUAUAGAUGAUUUUGGUGUUAAGAAGAAAACAGCAUUUUUGGAUUUAUUGUUGCAAUCUAAAAUUGAUGGAGUUCCGUUGGAUGACAUAAGUAUUCGUGAAGAAGUUGAUACCUUCAUGUUUGCAGGACAUGAUACGACAAGUACGGCAGUUGCAUUUGCACUGCUAAAUUUAGCAAAGAAUCCCGACAUCCAACAGCUUGUUUUUGAAGAAUGUAAAGAAAUUUUUGGAAAUGAUUUUAAACGUGCAGCUUCAAUGCAAGAUCUGAACAACAUGUCAUAUUUGGAAAAAGUUAUUAAGGAGAGUCUUCGAUUGUAUCCUCCGGUUCCUGCUUAUUCUAGAAAUUUCCGUGAAGAUGUUGUGUUGGGUGGAUAUACUUUUCCAGCUAAUGUCAGCACUAAAAUACAAAUUUACGUCAUGGGAAGAGAUCCAAGUUUAUUUCCAAAUCCUCUCAAAUUCGAUCCAUCAAGAUUCGAAGAUGAAAGGAACAUCAAAUUAUUCUCUUAUGUUCCUUUUUCUGCUGGUCCGAGAAACUGCAUAGGACAAAAAUUUGGAAUGCUGGAAAUAAAAAGCAUCAUUUCAAAAAUCAUUAAAGAUUUCCAAAUUUUGGUUGAUAAAGAAGACGAAAAUCCAAGCUAUGCCCAAGAAAUUGUUUUACGACCUGACAAUGGGAUCAAUCUACGCUUUAAACUAAGAUCUGAUGAUUGAUAAAUUGUUGAAUUUCAUGAUUCAUAUACUUAUCGGAUUUGUGCUGUUUGGUAUGUAAUAAAAAUGUAA